UCCCAGCUUCCGGGGAAAACAGAAGACAUCAGAAAGAGCACAUCGAAGGAGAAAGACGCUAAUAAUUUUCCGUACCUUGAAGACAUCAUGCCUCGUCAGUGUGUUGUCGGAGGGUGUAACAACACCAACAGGGAGGGAUUCAAGUUGCACCACUGGCCCAAAGAUGCCAAAGUGGCAAGAAAUUGGACGAAAUUUGUUCAAAAUACGAGGGUGUGGGGAAAGCCGACGAAAUGGUCAGUGGUUUGUUCCGCACACUUUACCGACGACAGCUAUGCUACGACAGAGAUGGCAAGAAUGUUUGGAUAUCCACUGACACUCAAAGCAGAUGCAUUUCCAACUAUAAAGUCAAAUAAAUCUGCCGCCAGACCCCCAUUGAACGUGCCGAAGUGUGUGAGCUAUUCAGGGACAAAGGAACUUGAUAGCACGGCAAGCAGUUUGUUCCGGCAGAUGAGCGAGCUAAACCCCCUGGAUGUCUUGGCUCACACCGCUUCUACCGAAGAUGAUCAAGUGAAGAAUAUGGGCCCUAGUUUCCCUGGCCUGCUGACAUCAACUCCAAAACUGGACAGAUCAGCUUUCAGGAAAAGAGAGCGGAUGAGGGUGUUACAGGACAUUUUUUCGAACUCUUAUCGACAUUCCACUGAAGAGGAUGAUUAUCAAACUUUUUCAAGAGCGGAUAUUGGAGUUCAGAUAUACCCUGAUGUGAAGUCUAAAGAUGUCCAGCAUCCACCCCACAUGAAAGAGGAAGAGGAGGAAGUGUGGAUGAGUCAGGAGGGAGAGUGUCUUCUAUGGCAGGAGGAGGCUGAUGUCAGCAAGUUUCCACUGACUGUUGUCUCUGUGAAGACUGAAGAGCAUGAAGACAAACCACCUGAGUCCUCACAGCUUCAUCACAGUCCAAACGUCCAGCAGGUGUCAGCAGAGAGUCAUGAAGAGAUUCCCUCCAAGCAGCAGGAGUGGAGCUCCAGUGUGGGACAGAAGGAGCUACAGACCCCCUCCCACAUUAAAGAGGAAGAGGAGGAACUGUGGAAGCAGCUUCAAAGGUUGGUGGAGGAUAAUGAUGAAGAUGAAGCUCAGUUCUUACUGCUUCAUCACAGUCAAAGUGAGGAGAACAGAGGGGCGGAGCUUGUAAGUCAACACAUCACAGAAGCUGAUGGAGAGCAUUGUGAAGAUAUAAAGUCAGAACCAGACAGCAUCUUUGCUCCACUGUCAGACAUGGACCACAUGAUGUCACACUCUUCUGAUCACAGUGAUCACAUCCAACAACCUUUGGAGAGGAAAAAUGACUCUAAAGGUGAUACGAGACAUCACACUAACAACAAACACUUUGACUGCUCUCAAUGUGGGAAAUCAUUUAGACAGAAGAGUAUUUAUACAAGACACAUGAGGAUACAUACCGGAGAGAAACCUUUUACUUGCUCUGUUUGUAAGAAGAGUUUCUCCACAAAGUUUGAAAUGACCACACACAUGAGAACACACACUGGAGAGAAACCUUUUACUUGCUCUGUUUGUAAGAAGAGUUUCUCCACAAAGCUUGUCAUGACCACACACAUGAGAACACAUACUGGAGAGAAACCUUUUACUUGCUCUGUUUGUAAGAAGAGUUUCUCCAGAAAGCAAUACAUGACACCACACAUGAGAACACACACUGGAGAGAACCCGUUGAGUUGCACUGUGUGUGAUAAAAGGUUCAGGUAUAAGUAUCAGGUCAGUAAACACAAGUGUGUAACAGUCAUGGAAGCUGCAGGGAUUUAAAAACACUUAAACAGUGAUUGUGCCAAAUGUACUCUAAUAACACAGCAUGUUUAAAGGGGAACAUUAUCAGCAGACCUAUGUAAGCGUCUAUAAAUACCUUGAUGUUGCAGAAAAAAGACCACGUUUUUUUAACCGAUUUCCAAACUCUAAAAGGGCGAAUUUGGCGAUUUAAAGACCUUUCAAUUAUUCGCUGUCGGAGCGAUGUUUCUUUCACCCGUGACAUCACAAUGGGAAGCAAUCCGCCAUUUCCUUAAACACAUUACACACACAAGUCAAGUCAGCUCUGUUAUUUUCCGUUUUUUCGACUGUUUUCCGUACCUUGGAGACAUCAUGCCUCGUCGGUGGGUUGUCGGAGGGUGUAACAACACGAUCAGGGAUGGAUUCAAGUUGGAAUGUGCAUCGAUUAGAACGGCAUGCUAAUCGAUGCUAACAUGCUAUUUAGGCUAGCUGUAGGUACAUAUCGCAUCGCUGUGCCUCAUUUGCACCUAUAUUUGCAUCCAGCCUUUCUCUCCACCCACAUUUAAGGCCAAACAAACACAUACCAAUCGACAGAUUCAAGUUGCACCAUUGUCAAAAGAUGCGAAAGUCCCUCGUUUGUUCUGCACAUUUUACCGGCGAUGCUAUGACAGACAUGGCACAGAGAUGUGUGGAUAUCCUGCGACACUCAAAGCAGAUGCAUUUCCAACGAUAAAGUCAAUGAAAUCACAACGGUGAGUUUUGUUGAUGUUAUUGACUUAUGUGCUAAUCAGACAUAUUUGGUCGCGGCAUGACUGCCAGCUAAUCGAUGCUAACAUGCUAUUUAGGCUAGCUGUAUCUACAUUUGUGGCUAUAUUUGCAUCCAGCCUUUCCCUCCACCCACAUUUAAUGCCAAACAAACACUUACCAAUCAACGGAUUUAAGUUGCUCCAGUGGUCAAAAGAUGCAAUCUUUGGUUAGAAGGCGAUCGCCGAAUAGCUUCAAUAGCUAUUCACUCAAAAGCUUCAGUUUCUUCUUCAAUUUUGUUUUCGCUAUCUGCCUCCACACUCCAACCAUCCGUUUCAAUACAUGCGUAAUCUGUUGAAUCGCUUAAGCCGCUGAAAUCCGAAUCUGAAUUCGAGCUAAUGUCGCUAUAUCUUGCUGGUCUGUCCGCCAUGUUUGAUUGUAUUGGCAUCACUAUGUGACAUCACAGGAAAAUGGACGGUGGAUUUACAGAUAGCGAAAAUCAGGCACUCUAAAGGCUUUUUUUGGGAUAUUCCAUGAUUGGUAAAAUUUUGAAAAAAACUUUGAAAAAUAAAAUAAGCCACUGGGAACUGAUUUUUAUUGGUUUUAACUCUUAUGAAAUUGUGAUAAGGUUCUCCUUUAAUAUGAAUGUAUAUUUGAUGAUGUAUGUAGUGCUUCUCAUCUUCUACUGUUAUGUUAUCCUGGAGUUUUUAAGUUGUGUGCAUGUAUUGAAUAUCAUAUAUGUAGCUACUAAUUUAUUUGAUUUUCUCAUUGUUAAAGAGAGGACAUUUUUAUUUUCACUUUGGGUUUUUUUUCACACAUUUUCUUCCUAUGUAUUUUUAUUGAUGUUAUUAUCCAAUUAAAAGUAUGAAUGAAUAAAAUAUUUAACAAAAUGUGGACUCUAGUAGAUGAGCAGCAUUGUUACAUCAUGGAUGUUAACUACAGAAAAACAUCAACAAAGAAGAAAAAGGCUGAAGUUAGCAACACAUCACUGAACUUUAGAGCCAUCGUGAGUGGAGUUGCUUGUUUUUAUUGCUGCAUUUGUACUUAUUUCACCUCACAUCUUCACUUUCAACUCUAAAGUCUUCUUCAAAUAUAUUGUUCUGGGCUUCUAAUAUUGAUGUUUACUAUGUGUGUGUAGUCUGUGGAAAGGGUUGUUGUCCCUUGUGGAUCCAUUUGUUCACUUGAACAGAUACAUCAUCAUCAUCAUCAUCAUCAUCAUUAUCAAAAUACAGAUUUAAGUACUGUAUUAGAGUGCCUCUUGUAGUACUCCAACUCGCCACACUGAGAAGUGGGGGCGAUCCUGAGCUAGCAGAUGAAUGUUGCUAUCCUGUUUUAUCAGCGAGGAAGACAGCAUUUGUGUUUACUUUUUUGUCAGAUCCAAGUUGUAUUGCUCUGCUGAAUAAAUGAAUCACUAUGGCUGCCAA